CAAAAAAGCAACAAGAAAAUUGUGUUUGAGAGAACAAUUUUAACAGUGUUGUCGGCUCUAAAAAUUACGUUGUUGUGGAGUCUGGAGAGUUGCAUGUUCGCACAUCUCACUUUAUCGCAUUCCGUAUUCUUUACGUUCUUUGUUGAGCGACUCAGUCAAUAAGAAAGCGUGUCAAAACUGAGCCGGCAAACUAGUACCGGGCUGAGCACCCCGAAUAACCGUUUCCCUUUGCACAUGUAUACUUUUAAACCUUUGGCCGCUGUUACACUCGGAAAAGACAAACAAUAUGUAUGUAUUGUAUCUCUGUCCCUAGCGAUCUUUGUAAAAAUAUUUUAUUUCGUGUCAACGAUUCAUUAAAAUUGAUAUUUUACUGUUAUUCAUUUUAUUUCGAAAUGCAAUGGAGGAUAAAAAUAUUCUAAUGUGCUAAUAUUCAUAUUCUACUGAGUAACGGAAUAAGGAAAAGUAUACAUGCAUAUGUAUUCCAUGAAUUAUCUAUUACAAACAUUGCAUACAGUAACUGGAAUAUGUUCAUCUAAUGAACAUUUAUUCGAACUUUAUUGAUUUCGUUUACUUUAUUGAUUGAAAUUUCGAUGCAUUUCCAUUUUUUAACCAUAGAGAAACAAAUGGAAAAUACAACAUGCACGAUGCACUAAUCAUUGUCAAUCGCUCACAUAUUUAAAUAAUAACGAUUUCAGCAUGCCUAUUGUUCUCACUCUCUCAAGUAGCACCCGGGCGUGUGAAAGAGAGAGUAAUGAACAUGGAAACAAUAUCUUGAAAAUUUUAGUUAAAAAAUUAUUUUUAUUUCUAAUUUUUCUGGUAGAUUAAUGCUGUCUUUGUCAACGUAACUAUUUUUAAUGCCAAAAAAGGUAUUACAAAGUUUUUACUUUGACUCAGAGAUCUACUCGUCCUGAAUUGUUUCGUUGUACGCAAUAUUUACUAAAUAUCAUGUUCAUACGAAUAAAUGAAUUUAUUUCAUUCAUCUUAAUCGAAUUUUGAAAAUCGAGAAUAAGAUUGAACGUACUGAUACAAUUAAUAUAAUAUUCAGUUUCAAUGGUUGUAUUAUAUUUCUUACGAAACUACAAAAUAAAGUUACUCUUCGCGCGUAAUUCAAUAGAAUGUCAAAGUACUAAGGUAAAAGCACUAAUAGUUCAUCAGUUAAAAAAAAUUCUCUGCGUGAAUAAUAGUAAAUGCUUGUUCCUUUAUUAAACAAAAUGCUGUUUGAACUUCUUACAUUAUGUGACAAAGUGAACUUUUUCGAAAUAGUUACAUUGUCCAAAUUUUAUUGACAUUUUUGAGAAUUCACUACUUGCGUCAAAAGUUGACCAUCCUUAAAAACGAGAAAACUAGGAAUUGACCAUAUGUUAGUUAGUAGUUGACCAUUUAUAGUAAAACUAAGAACACUAGAGGUGAUUAAUUUAAUAUCGUUUAUUUGCAACGAUUGUUACAAACUAUUGUACAAGUAAAAAGACAAAUAAAAAUGAAAAGAAGUUAAUUUCGUGUUGAAAGCAGUUUGCCGAUGUGUGGCCAGAUGUGUUUGAGCUUUUUGAAAUCUUCGAUUUCGUAAAAGAUUAUCUUAAUUUUGGAGAUAAGUUUUUUCUAAGGAGUCCAUACAUUUUACAAAGUUUAUGUUCCGGUGUAUGUACCAGAUAGGUAGGGGUUUUCCGGUUUUGGGAUAAAUGCGAGGGUUUCUGUUUCUGGAGUAAAAAUUGGAUUGGAUUCCGUGUGGCGUAAGGGGCUUGCGUCUUCCUCAAAGCAGUGUUGAAAAAUUCCAAACUUAUUUUUGAGUGGUAUAUCGGUUUGUAUGUUCAUACUUACUUUGUCAGGAGUCUGUAUGACGAGUGAUGGUAGGGAAUUAGAUAGUGAAGUGGAUUUUUUUUUAGUUUUUGUGUAUGGGUUUGCUGCACUCCUGUCUUUUCGUCUGGUCUGAUGUCCGGAGCACGAUUGCAUUUGAGACGCCAGUGUGUGGCUGUGAAUGUUCUAAGUGGUAUUGUUUGCCUGUGUGUAGUUUUCUGUUGUUUCGUUGGUUGUGGCUUUUUGGUCGUUAUUUGACUAAAGAACGCCUUCUGAGACUGUAAGGUUUUUCCUCUUUCUCUAAUGUAACGUUUGUUUCAAAGACUGACACUCGAAAUUGGGAGUUGAAUGACUAAUAUUCGAUAUCGAGACUGCGGAGAAGUAUCUUUUCGGCCGCUGUCGCCGAUGUUCGUCAGUGUUCGUCACAAUCGCUGCUUACGUAGCUCCGAGGACACGCGCAUCUGCCAGCCGAUGUUCUCAAAUGCUCGCUGUCGCUCUUCAAAGUUCGGCACUUUUCGGCAUUUUUCGCCGUCUUUUGAUAGAGCUUCGGGUUGAAAAUUGUACGAAAUUAAUGUUUGAGUAGAUCUGAGACAUUCGAUUAUAUUUAUCAAUAAAUUUAAUGCUUUGUACAGUUUAAUAAUUGUAGUUAUUAUUGUAGUUAUUUUAAAUAUUAGUGAUGGAAAUGAAGGUAUUGAGGAAAUUUUGAGACAAGAAUGUACUUCAAAGAAUUUUUACACUAAAUACAUUUUAUUUUAUUGCAACGAUUACUGAUUUGUGGGGUAUUAUUGAACAAUCUGUCAGUUGUUUUCGUGUAUAAAUUUUUGUUAAAUGCAAGCAGAUAGAAAUGAAGAUACAAAGUAAUUUUAAGAGAUAUUUGAUACCGAUGCAUCGUGAUAAAUAUCUAUAAGAAAUUACGUGUAUAUAGAAAAAUUUAAUAUUGAGAUAAAAAAAGAAAAAAAGAACUCGUUUUUGUUUAUUUAUUUGUGUUUAUUUAUACUCUGUUGAUAAUGUUGUAAGUGACACGGGAAUGGUAACGGAGUCACGGUAAGUAAGUAAGUAGGUAUCUAAAUUACCCCACGAGACGUAACUCUCCCGUUGGUGGGCAAAAAUUUACAUUGCAUGUCCAGUCUACCCUAUAUCUCGUGAGUGAUAUAAUUUAUGUAUUUAUAGUAAUGUAAAUUUAUUUGCUUUCUCCUUAUCAACAUCUUAUCUCCUUAUCAAUAGAUAAGGAAACCUUUCGUUGUAUGAAUUAGUCUUUUGGUGGUGCUUAGCAAAUUAGCCAUGGAAGGCAAUACUUCUGAAGUCUCUGUCAAUGAUAAUGUAUUAAAUACAAAUAGGCCUUGUAAAUCAUGCGUCAAAGAAAUAUCUAAUGCAGAACUAUUAACUCUUUUAAUGAAAUGUGUAAAUUUUGCAGCAAUAAAACAUAAAAAUCAAAAAAGGAAAGAUGCUGAAGGAACACCAUAUAUAAAUCAUCCUAUAGGUGUUGCAAACAUUUUGAUUCAAGAAGGUAACAUUCAUGAUCCAGCUGUAAUUUUGGCAGGUCUUUUACAUGACACUGUAGAAGAUACAGAUACUACAUUCGAACAAAUAGAAAGUGAAUUUGGUAUAGAAGUGUGCAAUAUUGUUAAAGAAGUAACAGAUGAUAAAAACUUACCAAAAGCAGAACGUAAAAGGCUACAAAUACAAAAUGCUCCCAAGUGCAGUUACAAAGCUAAGUUAGUUAAAUUAGCAGAUAAAUUAUAUAAUUUGAGAGAUCUUGAAAAAUCUACUCCAAUUGAUUGGACACCAGAAAGGGUAAAAGAAUAUUUUAAGUGGUCCAAAGCUGUAAUAGAUGGAUGUCGUAACACUAAUUUUAAUCUAGAAAGAGAAUUAGAUUUAAUAUAUGCAAAUUGGGUAGCUAAGGAAAGAGAAAUAUGUGGAUGUAAAAAAAUUGCCCCAUCAAAUUGCCAUUGAUUUAUGAAUUAAAGAUUUAUUAGAAAAGAUCUUUUUUUUAAUUGUAAAUGAUUUAAUAUUAUUUUAUACUUAAUAAUACAAUGAAUAUUGAUAUUAAUAUCAAAUUUCCUGUCAUUUGUACAAAUGAAAAAGCAAGUAUAUAAAAUAUAUAAAUGAUUCCAUAUAAAGCUUGUAAAAAUAUGAUAUACUUAAUUCAUAUGUACAGAUAAUUAUUUUGAAAUAACAUUUUUAAUAUGCUGUACUAAAAUUUACCUAAUCUUUAUUGUAAUGCUCUUGGAAGAAUAACUUCAUAUAUUUUAUAAGUUCAUCUACCUCUUCUAUAGUAAUAGCAUUGUACAAAGAUACUCGAAUCCCACCUACAGAUCUGUAAUUGGUAAUAAAAAAUAUAAUUCAUUAACUAAUUAAUACUUCAAACUGGAAUAUUAAUGGCACUGAUCAUUGCACAGACUAUUUUACAAGUUAUACUAACCUGUGACCUUUCAGUUGAAGCAUUCCGCGUGUGCUUGCGCCAUUAAGGAAUUUUUUCUCAAGCACCUCAUCAUUUUCGCCUAUUCUAAAUGCUACAUUCAUCCUACUUCUUACGUCAGACUUAACCGGGCAGGAAUAGAAUCCUUUAGAUUCAUUAAUCAUCUCAUAUAUUCUCUGACUUUUCAUUAUUGCCAGUUUUUCCAUCCCUUCAACACCUCCAUGUUCUUUGAUCCAUUUGAAUGUCAAUCCAACUGUAUAUACUCUAAUCAAGUAAAAUUGAUUCUUAUUAUUACUCAAAUGAGAUAUUGAUAACUUUAAAGGAGUGUGUAAUAUCAUGUUGUACAAACAUUCUAAAAAUUCCACAUUUUAUUACAUAUAUUUAUUGAUGCUUACUGAAAUACUGGCGGUGUAUUGUGCAAUGAGUUAUCAGCUGCCAUAACGGUGAAAUCUAGCACCGUUGGACAGACCUUCAUGGCAUGACCAAGAACGUCUGAUCGUACUAUCACGACCGUUACACCAGCCGGCCCAAAAUUUUUUUGAGCACAUGCAAAUAUUACUGCAAACUAAGCAAUAUGUUAUUAGAAUCUUUUUAUCGACGAACCUCUCUUGUUCAAGCGACAUCACAUUAAAUGUUACAUACUUUUGAGAUAUCUAACGAUCUCGUUAAGAUAUUUGAUGACAUAUCGGCAACAAGAGGAACUCCGUUUGUCUCAGGAAUAUAAUUGAAUUCAAUUCCUUAAACAAUUACUUUACCAUGAUUAAAUUAUUGAUUUAAUGUACUAUGUUAAAUUUUAUUACAAUGUGUUUACCAUGAAUCGUCUCGUUGGCGCAAUAAUAGACAUAUGAUGCAUUAGGGUCCAAGUUCCAAGUAGAUGGAUCCGGAAUCUCGACGUAUUUUGUUGUUUUUGGUAAAACUAAAUUUACCUUACCAUAUUUUCCCGCUUCUUUCGCUGCCUUGGCCGACCAUGACCCUUAAAGAAUGUUUGAUAUAGUACUUCUUAACGAUACAGUUUUAUUUUUUAAUAAAAGAAAUGAAUUAGAGGAUAUUUAGUAUGAUGUACUUAGAUUUUACCAGUCACUAUGUAGUCUGCAGUACCGGUAGUCAU